AUGAACAAACCAGCUAAGUUUGUUGCCAUCCUAUAUGAUAUUUUGGAAGUAAGAUACAAUUCAUCUAUAUAAAACUAGUAAGAUAAUUUUAAGACCACUAUUCGUUGGACAAAGGAUGGAAAAGGAUUUUAUAUUUUAAGAAUUCCCGAAUUUUAAAGUACCAUUAUGGAAGAAUUUUUUAAUACAUAGAAUUUUUAAUCAUUUUUAAGACAACUAAGUUUAUAUGGAUUUAAGAUGAAAAAAAAUGAAAAAAAUUAGAAAAUCUAUAAUCAUCCUUUAUUUUUUUAAGGAAACUAGUAUUAAUAAUGGCUAUUUUAGUUAAGAACUUUAUAAAAUUUAAAGAAGAAAAAAAGCAAAAGAUAUUCAAGAAUAAUAUUUUGAUAGUGUUUCACCUCAGAUAUCAAUUAAUAAUAUGAGACAUCAAUUAGAAAUUUUGAGAAGAUAAUAAUAAUAAUUACUUAUGCAAAUGAGAAUUCAAUUUUAAAUUUAAUUUCUAAUAGCUAAAAAAAUUAAUGCAAUGGUUGAUGUAUUAGUUUAUAUUUAAUCUAUAUAGCAUUUUAAUGAGAAUCACACAAAUGAACAAAGAAAAUAAAUAUAUGAAAAACCUAUGCAUUUAUUAUUUCAAUUAAUUUUUGGACAUAAACCAGAAUUUGCUAGUAAUUUAAUGGAACCAUUAUAUGAAGAUCUAAUUGGAUAAUUAUCACCAUUUUCAGAAUUUCCUUGUUCUCCUAUUUAAUUCGCAAAAUUUUUAUGA